GUUUGUUUGUUUGUUGUUGUUUUUCUGUAAUUGUUGAUGUUUUUGGUUCUGGUUAGCUAAAAUCGAGCUCGAGAUUGUACAUCAAGUGACAUUUUCGUAAACAAAAUGUUACUAUAUGAAGUCGUAGGGUCAAAUAUUAAGUCCUGAUUCUGGUUGGCGGAAUUUCGAGCUCGAAAUUGCGAGGAAAAUGCAAUUCAUCUUUGAGAUGGAUAAACUUUGUACAUCAAGUGGCAUUUUCGUAAACAAAAUGUUGCUAUAUGAAGUCGUAGGGUCAAAUAUUAAGUCCUGAUUCUGGUUAGCGGAAUUUCGAGCUCGAAAUUGAGGAGAAAAUGCAAUUCAUCUUUGAGAUAGAUAAACUUUGUACAUCAAGUCGCAUUUUCGUAAACAAAAUGUUGCUAUAUGAAGUCGUAGGGUCAAAUAUUAAGUCCUUAUUCUGGUUAGCAGAAUUUCGAGCUCGAAAUUGUGGAGAAAAUGCAAUUGAUCUUUGAGAUAGAUAAACUUUGUACAUCAAGUGGUAUUUUCGUAAACAAAAUGUUGCUAUAUGAAGUCGUAGGGUCAAAUAUUAAGUCCUUAUUCUGGUUAGCGGAAUUUCGAGCUCGAAAUUGUGGAGAAAAUGCAAUUCAUCUUUGAGAUAGAUAAACUUUGUACAUCAAGUGGCAUUUUCGUAAAUAAAAUGUUACUAUAUGAAGUCGUAGGGUCAAAUAUUAAGUCCUGAUUCUGGUUAGCGGAAUUUAGAGCUCGAAAUUUUGGAGAAAAUGCAAUUCAUCCUUGAGAUGGAUAAACUUUGUACAUCAAGUGGCAUUUUCGUAAACAAAAUGUUUUUAUAUGAAGUUGUAGGGUCAAAUAUUAAGUCCUGACUGUGGUUGGCCAAAUUUUGAGCUCUAAAUUCCGAAGAGAAUGCAAUUCAUCUUUGAGAUGGAUAAACUUUGUACAUCAAGUGGCAUUUUCUUAAACAAAAUGUUACUAUAUGAAGUCGUAGGGUCAAAUAUUAAGUCCUGAUUCUGGUUGGCGGAAUUUCGAGCUCGAAAUUGCGGAGAAAAUGCAAUUCAUCUUUGAGAUGGAUAAACUUUGUACAUCAAGUGGCAUUUACGUAAGCAAAAGGUUACUAUAUGAAGUCGUAGGGUCAAAUACUAAGUCCUGAUUUUUUCCUGUAAUUGUUAACAUUCUUGGUUCUGGUUAGUUGAAUUGAGCUCGAAAUUGCGGAGAAAAUCCAAUUCAUCUUUGAGAUGGACAAACUUUGUACAUCAAGUGGCAUUUUCGUAAACAAAAUGUUACUAUAUGAAGUCGUAGGGUCAAAUAUUAAAUCCUCAUAUUUUUUCCUGUAAUUGUUAACAUUUUUGCUUCUGGUUAGCUCGAAAUUUCAGAGAAAUGCAAUUCAUCUCCAAGAAAACUUUGUACAUCAAGUGGCAUUUUCGUAAACAAAAUGUCACUAUAAGCAGUCGUAGGGUCAAACUCAAGUCCUCAUAUUUUUUCCUGUAAUUGUUAACUUUUUUGCUUCUGGUUUGCUCGAAAUUCCGGAGAAAAUGCAAUUCAUCUCCGAGAUGUACAACGUAUCAAGUAGCAUUUUUGUAAACAGAAUGUUGCUAUAUGAAGUAAUAGGGUCAAAUAUUAAAUCCUCAUUAUUUCCUGUAAUUGUUAAUAAUUUUGGUUCUGAUUCGCUGAAUUUCGUGCUCAAAAUUCCGGAGAAAAUGCAAUUCGUCUUCGAGAUGGACAAAUUUUGUACAUCUAAGUGGCAUUUUCGUAAACAAAAUGUUACUAUAUGAAGUUGUAGGGUCAAAUACUAAGUCCUGAUUUUUUCCUGUAAUUGUUAACAUUUUUGGUUCUGGUUAAUGCAAUUUGUCUUCGAGGUGGACAAACUUUGUACAUCAAGUGACAUUUUUUGUAAACAAAAUGAAACUAUAUGAAGUCAUAGGGUCAAAUAUUAAGUCCUGAUUUUUUCCAGUAAUUGGCAACAUUUUGCUUCUGGUAGCUGAAUUUCGAGCUCUAAGAUCCAGCUGUUUUGUUAUCUCCUUCUUUUGCAAAAACAGAAACUUAAGGCCUGUUAGGGAUCAUUGUUAGUUUCAGUUGUUAGUUUUAUAAAUGUAAAAGUCAAAUGAUAUAAGAGGUGUAAUGAACUUAAAGUUAGUCAUCCUUGUAGUAAAUAUGUUAAUGUUGAAACUGACUAUGGAAAACUGGAAACUACAUCUUCUGCUUUUCGGAAAGUGGAAACCAAAACACGAUACUGGACAGACCCUAACUCUCCUUCUGUCCAAUUUAUUAAGGGCACUAGAAGAUAGGAACAGGGGUAUUUGAAUUUGAUAUUGCUCUGCUUGUAUUUAUGUUGUUUUUAUGUUUGGUUGAAUUGGAGUUUUAAAAAUACUGUUCUAAGAUUAAAGUCCACAUAUGAGUUUGUCCCAUGUUUAACAAAAAGGGGGAGCAUGACUCACAUAUAUGUUUGGCGGAUUACUCCACAUAUUGUUGGUUAAGAUGACAUUAAAUGGACUUGUCUUUGGUCAGACUCUCUUUUUUCGGGAACGGAUAAGUUUUAGUGUUUAACUUUUUCGUGGUUUGAACCAUGAGUUAGGGCUGUAAUGUAGCAUGAUUUGAGCUUUGCACGUAUUGUAGUGAUCUUAAUGGAUCACAUACUUAUCUGGUUUCUGAGAUGGUGUGGAGUUUCUCUGGUACAAGACAAGUCCAUUGCACUUGCAAGACCCCAGCUGGAACGGAGUCUCUUUCUGAUGAUUCAGACCCAUUUGCUGUUUCUGAGAAGAGCCAGUGCUUCUCAAGUGAAAAUUCUCAUCAGCCAUCCGAAAGCAAACAAUUUAAUGUUUCCUACCAUAAAGUCAAUCCUGGAACCAACACAUUUAUGCCUAACUCGAUGCAUGUAGCUCAACUUAAUGAUGUGCCUGGAUAUACUUGUGUGGUCAAUGAAGCCACAUCUUUAAGAGACAUGGCAGCUGAAAAGUGCUCACCAGUAGGUGAUGACAUUGUCCUUAGCGUGGCUUCUCCAUCUGAUCUUGCACAAAAACAUACAAGGCAAAAUAUAUCCCAAGCUUCACAUGAUGACACUGGUUUGAAAUCGAAUGGAAGUGACCGGAGAUCUGGAAAAGAAUGUAGUGGUAGUACAUCUCAUAUGAAUUCUACAUUUGCAUCUGUAUCUGACAUCAACCUCAGAACCGAACCAUCACAUUUGCCACCUCCGUCAAGACCGCCACCCAUUCUGGCAGACAGGAAUGAAAGUUUUCCCAAGCCGAAUUCAAAUCCUAUGGAUUCUGAAAAUUUUGGCUCCACAACUUUUGAUGAUACCUUACCACCAUCCUAUGAUAUGGAGGUGGAUGCAAGCUCUUCUGCAGCAGCUUCUGCUGCUGUUAUGAAAGAUGCAAUGGAGAGAGCGGAAGCAAAACUUAAAGCUGCGAAAGAGUUGAGGGACAGAAAGGACAAAGUUCAGAACAGUGGCAAGCUGCAUUUGGAGACUGAUGUAUAUGGAGGGGAGAAUCUUCAAGGGACACAUGAUGAGGUUUUGUAUGGAGAGACCAGAGUGCAUCCGGCAAGUGAUAGAGGAGGUCCUAGUAAGAUGAAAAAUUCAGCUAAAACUAGGCAUGUUAAACAUGCCUCCCAGAAUUUACCUGAUAUUUUGCCUGUUGAACAACCAAAGAUAAAACCAGCUGAGACAAAGCCCAAAAAGAAAAGUAGCUUUUCUAGAGAUACUGCAUUUACUGAUGUAGCUGGUCAAUGGACUGAGGCUAGGCAAUAUUAUGAUUUUGUAAAUACUGACGACACUGGAGUAGCUCCUCAGCCACCUAAUAGUAUUGGUGAUGAGAAGAGAGCAACUAAGCUGCAGGGCGGUGAUGAUCAAAAUUCAAAUUCCGCAGAAGAGGCUUGUGUAACAGUAGAAAAUAGGCGAAGGCUGAAACCAACAAAAGCGGUAUCAAGACAAGCAUAUUAUGAGAAAAUAGUCAAGGUGGCGCAAGAAGUUCACGAGAGAGUGAUUUGUGGGCCUGGGGAGCCUGAUAAGACGCUGAAGCGUGUGUCUCAGGACAAACCAAGACAGCAGAAGCCUGAGUUAAUGAAUGAACCAGAGAUGUAUGAACUUCCACUUUUUAAAGCUCAGAAUGUGGAGGAAAACUCCAGUGAGGCUUUGCAGAAAGAGGAAGCUGGGAUAAGAUCAAGGAUUCUACUGGAGAAAGAAGAGCAUAAGGAGGAAAGUGAGGCUUUUCACAGCCAGCAGGUUGAUAGAAAUACAAAAGGUCCUCAUGGGAGCAUGGUUGAAGGGGUUUCUGAAGUCAAGGUAGAGGAAAUGAGAGGGUCGUGUGAGAGAGAUGAUAGUGACUAUGGAGUUCAAGAAACUGUAGUAAGAGGAGGACAUGAGCAGAGAUCAGACGAGUCUUGCGGAGAAAUCUCAGAAGAGAAUCAGAAUCAAGAUGAAUAUAGAGAUAAGCUCGAGAAGACUACUGAGUCGGAGCAUGUGGAACAUGCAUCUAUGGAACCAUGUGAGCUAAAAGGAAGUGGGAAAGUUGAUGAGAACACUGGUUACGAGGAAGAUCAGAAGGGUGUACACAGAAAUCACAUAAAGCUUGAGAGUGAGAAUGAGGACCAAGAGCCCCAUAGCUCCCCAGAUAUGGAGCUGCCUAUAGAAGAAAAACAUUUGAAGUCAUCUAAUGGGACUAAUUUCUAUGAGAAGGAUGUUGAACUCGAGAAGCCACAAAGGAAAGCUGAUGGCUUCAAGGAAGAGAAUGCUCAGAAAGAAUAUGGUGAAAUUGGCCCUACACCUUCAGAUGGAAAAAGCUACUUGGAGGCAACUACAACUGCAGAUGUCCUGAUUGAUGGAAGACAAACAGAACCUACUACUGUUCAGGUCGGUCUUAAUGACUGUGAGCUUGAGGGAACAAAAAUGCAGGCUUCAGAGACAGUUGAUCUAAAUGAAAAUAACACAAAGACAGGUAAUAAAUGUAUUAGAAAUGAGAAAACUAUGAAAGAGGAGAAAAAUGAAGGUGUACGAUUACCCUUUGAUUCCAAUCUGGUGAAGGAUCUCAAUGUUGAUAGAGGAGGAAAAGGAAAUCUAGCUGAAGAGGGCCAGGUUCUUAUUGACCAAGAGGAAAAGGUUAGAUCUACACUGGCUGAAGGAAUUCAUGGGUUUAAUGAGCAUGCUGGUAAGGAAGAAGUAACUCAUACUGUAUUGCGCGAGGAGAAGGAUAGUUUCCAGAAGACAUCUCACCUCCCUAAUAUUGGCCAAAGCGUUGAAAGAAAGGGUAAGAUAGUUAAUCAUAAUAGCUUUUCAAAAGAGAAAGUUGAAAAGGAGAUAGAACAGGAGAAAGACCGACUUCAGAAGCUUGAGGAAGAGAGAGAGAGGUUAAGAGAAAGGGAAAAGGAUAGAAUGGCAGUUGAAUUAGCAGUACGUGAAGCUCGUGAUAGGGCAUUUGCAGAUGUACGGGACAGGGCUGAAAGGGCUGCUCUGGAAAAAGCGACAGAUGAAGCACGGCAAAGAGCAAUGGCCGAGGCCCGGGAGAGGUUAGAGAAGGCAUGUGCUGAGGCAAGGGAGAGGUCAUUAGCUGACAAGACAGCAGAAGCCAAACUAAGGGCGGAGCGCGCUGUGACAGAGCGAGCAAACGCAGAAGCUCGUCAACGGGCCAUUGAAAAGGCAAUGGCUGAGAGGGCUACUUUUGAGGCACGAGAAAGAAUGCAAAGAUCUGUUUCCGAAAAGUAUUUGUCUGAGAGAGAUGUGAUCAUGAGGCAGAGCUCUUUCCCCACAACUAGCGAGAGGUUUGAAGUAGCUAAUAGUGAACCAGCAGAGAGAUGCAAGGCCAGAUUAGAGAGACACCGUCGAACAGUAGAACGGGUGGCUAAAGCACUUGCAGAAAAAAAUAUGCGCGACCUUGUCAGUCAAAAGGAACAAGCUGAGAGGACUAGAUUAGCGGAAACUCUUGAUGCCGAUAUCAAAAGAUGGUCAAGUGGCAAAGAAGGCAACUUGCGAGCUUUGUUAUCAACACUACAAUAUAUUCUCGGACCUGAUAGCGGUUGGCAACCAAUUCCUCUCACAGAAGUUAUAACUGCUGCUGCUGUGAAAAAAGCUUACAGGAAGGCUACUCUUUGCGUGCAUCCAGAUAAAUUACAACAGCGCGGAGCAAGUAUCCAACAGAAGUAUGUAUGUGAAAAGGUUUUUGAUCUCCUAAAGGAGGCUUGGAACCGGUUUAACUCAGAGGAGAAAUAGUUUAGGCUAGUAUUAUAAGCCGAGGGUUAGGAUUUGGUAUUUAUACUUUGGAAAGUGUAUAUUUGUAUAGCCAGCAGUCUUGAAGAUGUAAUUGGAACAUAGAAGUUGAUCUGUGCUCAUUCACAGAAAGAAAGAAAGAAGCCAGGGUUUAAGGUGCUUCUGCUGUUAAUUAUUGUCAGGUUUUGCAUCACGCGAUUACCGGGCGAUUAUGUUGAUGAUUAACUUCAUAGUGAAGGCAAUUGAAGUUGCUAUACCUCCCUAUAGAUCUCUUGCACUGUACGAUGUAAAAGGUAUGGCGAAAAUUGAAAGCUGGAAUGAUGUUCCAAGCUAAAUUUGUAGUUCUUGCUAAAAUUCUAUAUAGCUCAGAUUAGAUAUUUUCAGUUUUCUGAUAGAUUUCACCCGUUACUGAUUAUUGACCCAAUAUAGUUUUGUUGAUGACAAAUGAAAGUACUUGGUUUUUAA